AUGGCAAGGAACGCGUUCGCAGCGCUGGCGUUGCUGGCUUUGAGCACGCAAGCUACCGUUGUGCCUCAGUUCGACAGAAAAAACCAUAUCACGGGCACUGGCUUUGGCAUCCCGGGACGAAAUUCAACAUACGACUAUAAAAUCUCGCUAACGCUCACCAAUCAACGCUUGCGCUUCCUUGCGCUUCUGUGCCUCUUAUAUCACGCCUUCGGCGCAAUUAUCGUGGGUGGCGGACUGGCAGGAUCAGUCGUUGCAUCUCGUCUCACCGAGCACAGCAAUGCAUCUGUUGCGCAUGUCGAAGCAGGAAGCUUUUACGAGUUGAGCAAUGGCAAUUGGAGCCAGAUCCCAUACUGGUCGGAGCAGUGGGUCGGAGCAGAGGAGGACGAUUGGCAGCCACUCAUCCAUUGGGGUCUCUUCACCGAGCCGCAGCUUGAGACUGGUGUGAUGCACUAUGCUCAAGGCAAGAACCUGGCCGGAAGUAGUGGGAGAAACCAGAUGAUGUACCACCGACCAUCGAAAGGCUUGCUGCAGGCUUGGGCCGAUCACGUUGGAGAUCAAUCCUGGAACUGGGACAACAUGGAGAAGUUCUACGAGCGCAGCAUGAAGCUUACGACAAAUGUCAUGAAGCGCACGAUCAACGGGUCUGUCUUCGAUGCUGCAGCAUACACCACGGAAUCUGGGCAAUUUCAGCCACUGCAUGUCAGCUACCCAGGUUACAUCAACCCUCUGUCUCAAUAUGCUGCCGCUGCCUUCUCGUCCAUCGGCCUGAAACCGCUUCCAGGCUUUGUGAGCGGCGACCUGGACGGCUACGGCUGGUGGCAAUUCACGAUCGACGCUGCAACCGGUCUUCGCAGCUCGGCUGAAAGCUCGUUCCUGUCGCAAGCGUUCGGCCGUCCUGGCUUGACUACAUACAUCGACGCCCUAGCCAAGAACAUCAUCUUCGACAAUGGCACUGCUACUGGUGUCAACAUCACCAACUAUGGCAUCCGCCCUUUUACCUUGACCGCUCGAAAGGAGGUCAUCGUUCCUCCUGGUGCGUAUCACUCGCCUCAGCUGCUUAUGGUAUCUGGCAUUGGUCCAGAAGAGACUUUGGACAAGUUCGACAUUCCCAUCGUCAAGGAUGCGCCGGGUGUGGGCCAGGACAUGUGGGACUCGUGCAACGUUGGCGGUCCAGUCUACGAGAUCUCGCUGAAUGGCUACUCAUACUGGCAGCAACCCUACGGUUCAGUGUUCAAGAACACCACCCAGGAGGCUCUCUCAGCUGUGUUUCCGCCGGACUGGCCACUCAUUGAGAACUCUUUAAGUAGCUCGAGCCGAGUCUUGACAGCAUCGGACAGCAACAAACAGUACGGCGUCGUCGGCAAUAUCGUGAUCGCACCACUUAGCAGAGGUAACAUGACUAUCCGAUCCGCGAGCAACCUCGACAAACCAAUCAUUAGCCCAAACUGGCUCACUACAUACAAGAAUGCACGCAAGGCCUGGCAGGCGAUUCCAGAAGGCAUUCGCAUUGGUGACGAAGUGUCGCUAGCCAUGAAUGUCACCACCGAUACACAGAUCCUGGACUACAUUAGGAAACAUCUCAGCCCGAUUUAUCACGCCUCAUCAGUGUGUGGCGUGCAGAAUCUGCGAGUCGUCGACUCUUCGAGCUUCCCAUUCACGCCACCUGGGCAUACUCAGGGUGUGACAUAUGCUCACGCUGAGAAGUUGGUUCAAGAUGUGUUGGAUGAAUACCUGGCUGGAGUGCACGGCAAUACAACAAUGCGUGGCUAG